GACACAUCGCUCAGGCACAUCGCCAUAUAAGCACACGACCGCUUGCAUCCCUGGACAGGCCCUUCGUCACUACCCUCCUUGGACAGGCUUCUUCAUCAUUACCCUCCUUGGACUCACCGACGAUAGCCCACCAAAUGCGAGACAUAUUUCGAUUAACUCGGUCUCGAUCCAACAGCGCCUCGUCUGCCGAUGCCUCCCCAGCGGUCAAACUGGAUCCCAACACUCGGAUACUCCAGCGAUCGAGAACCGCCUCAGAUAGCGUUGGUGUCGAUGCUGGAAACCGUGAGCUUACCCUCUCCCUCAGCAUUUCAUCGGAACUAACAGCAAGCGACUCGCCGUCGCUUGCGACAAGUGAAGGCCCAUCGCACGAACCGACCCCAAAGCCUCGCACCCGAGGCAUCUCCUGUCCAGACUUUUCAAGCUAUACCAGCGUCGAUCAGAACCACCAGUCCGAGAUCACGAAAAUCGUAAACGAAUGUCGGUCGAAAAAGAACUGGCUGGGGCGGCGAGUGAGCAACACCCCAAAGAAGCUGCCGAUCCCGGAGAAACCUGACAUCAGGUCGGUGGUCAUGGUCAAGGCGCAUGUGGUCGGCAAGCCCAACGACUGGAAGAAGGUGUGGCUAUCGCUGAAGGACGACAAAUUGUAUAUGGCCAAGUCAGAAAAGGACCACACAAGCUUCUGCGUUCUCCGGCUGGAAGACCAGUGUGUGAUCGAUCCAUCGCCGAUCGCAGACCUGUGCAGCUUCCGGGUGCGGUUCCCGCCAAACAUCUACGAUGACACUCGAUGGUAUUCGUUCUGUCUCGAGAGCAACGAGACAAAGACCAUAUGGAUGAAUGCCAUGCUGCAGGGUAUGAGCUGGCGUGAGAGAACACUGGCCGAACUCGGCCAUGUCCCAGAGAUCAUGCUGUACACCUCGGACGAGUCCCGCAUACCUGCCAAGCUCUAUCCGUUCAGCGACCAGCACGAUUUCCAAAGCGGUCUUCCGGCGACAUCGAGGUCAAAGUACGAAUGGGGUGGGUGGUGGUGCACCGAGCAAGUCCAGGGCGGAGCAACCCAAGGCCUCGCAAGCCCCUCGAUGGCGGGCGAGAUGGCCCAAUCCGAAGACUCUCGAGCUAGCGAUUCAGGCGAGAUUGAGGAAGUGGGAUACCUGUCCUAUACCUGAUGCAGAGAGCGCAGGAUCGACCGAGCUCCAGGGUCGGCACUGUCUCUGCACACAUCCUCGGCUGGGGGAUGCGGGAUCUGUGGAAUAUAUCGGCACCAUGAUCGUCUCGACGAUAUCGCGGUGGUCGAACCUUGGCCCAGGCGCCGACCAAGGCCGGCCAUGAUCAUCAGCCUCUCGAUCUGG